AUGCCUUCACCUUUGAAAAAGACCCAUAAGCGCGCUACUAAAAAAGAACCAAACUUAAUGAAAAAGAUUUUCAAAAAAUGAAAGAACUACACAAGUUGAAAGUAAGAUUGAUAUAGACAGAAAGAAAGAACUUUAUACCCAAAGGCAUAUAAGUUUUAUUAUUCGUGACUACUUAAAAAAGUAAAAUUAGCAAUUGAUUACGAAAAACUUGCCCCUAGAAAGCUAUUUUUAUUUUUUAUCUGAAAAAAACAAUAUAAUGAAAGCAGUCAAGCUAGCUUAAAGCAGUCUUCAUCAAUAAGAGAAACAUACCUAAAAUCCCAAGUAACACAUGGAUGAAUGAAAUGAGUCAACCAAAGAAAGAAGAAAAAAGGAAUUUCAGAGAGUACCUUGGCAUUUUACAAAGAAAAAUUAAUGCAAAAAUCUUUCGACAGUCUAAAAUUGCUGAGAUUGCAAAAAAUUAGGUAUCAAAAUUUUAUUAUUAAAAGAAUUAGAAAAUUUUUAAAAAGAUCGAUUUCUCAUUGGAGAUCUAUCAAAAACAUCAAGGAUUUAAAAAAAUAUAAUUGAUAUAAAGCUGAAGAAUUUAAUGAUAGCCAGAUUAUGAAAAAGGGAAUUUUUAUGUGAAAAGAAAUGAUGCAACGAAAUGCUCUCGAAAGAAAAAUUACUUUAUUUUGAAAGUAUUGGAAGAGAGUGUUUAAAAAAACUAAAACUGAUAUAGAAAAAUACACUAUUGGGUGCAGAAAAAGGCAUUUAUUGUCAUUUUAUUUUAAUAAAUUAAAAAGGAAUGCGAAUUUGAACAAGCAAAAGAAAAAAGCUAUACUUUUUCAAUUAAAAGUUUUGUUAAGGUCAUGAAGAAUAUUAGAACUAUUUGCAAAUUUUUGAACUUUACCACCUAAGUGUGGAAUCUUUUCCGUGUGUGAAAAGAGUAUUCCAUAUGUGAAGCCCUUUUAAUUUCACAUGUGGAAUCCUCUUUUCACACGCGGAAAAAAAUUCCACACCUAGGUGGUAAAGUUCAAAAAUCUGCAAAUAACUAUAGUUUUUUUCAUAAAUCAACUAAGAAAAACGGUCUUAAAUUAGCCUCAGCAUUUUGCGCUGCUAAUUAUCACAAAGAAUUGGUAAAUUUAAUUUAGAAGCGAAAAGUUUUUGAAGCUAUUUUGAUUUUCUCAAAUAAAUUCUUUGCAAAGCAAAAAAAUCAAAAAAAAGCUUUGAAUUUCUAUCAGUCCUUUAUACAAAGAAAUCUUUUAAAAUCAAUAUUAAAAGAAUGAUACAGAAUUCCCCUUGUAAGUUUCAUACAGAUCAACAUGGUUGACAAGCACCGUCAAAAUAAAGUAAAGAAAUCUUGUUUUUUUAAAAUUUUAAAAUACUCCUGCUACACAAUAAAAAUAGAAGAAUCCAUCAGAAAAAAUCGAAAAUUAAAAUUACUCUCAACCUGCUUUAAAGCUUUAAAGACAUAUUUAAUUCCAAAAAUUCUUUCUCAUAAAAAAGCAAAUAAUUUCAGAUCAAAGCAGUUAUUAGUAAAAAUGGUUCACAGCUGAUUGAACUAUUUGUGUCAAAAAUACUCUAAGCAUGAUCUAAAACAUAACGAAAUCUAUGCAGCAAAAUUACUUCACAAAUCUUUAAUUGGAUUUAAAAUCAAUACUAUUUUAUCACAAGAUAAAUCUGAAUUGCAAAAAAAACUUAAAUGAUUUUUAUUUGAAAAUAAAAUUAAUUUCCUCAAAAAAAUUUUCCGAAGCUGGAAAAUUUUGCAUAGGACGAGAAUUAUUUUGUUUUCUGCAUGCUGUGAAAUAAAAUUCCGAUAUUUGCAUAGAUGGAAAUGCAGCUCGAAGUUGCAAUCUUUAAAAUUUCUAUAA